AUGGUCAUCCAACAACCCUCCAACCAGAUCAAGCUCACCAACGUCUCCCUUGUCCGGCUCAAAAAGGGCAAGAAACGCUUCGAGAUUGCCUGCUACAAGAACAAAGUGCUCGAAUGGCGUUCGGGAAUCGAGACCGACCUCGACAACGUGCUGCAGAUCCCCAACGUUUUCUUGAACGUAUCCAAGGGCCAGACGGCGCCGACGGCCGAGCUUCAGAAAGCCUUCGGCAAGGAUACCAGCGUCAAUGACAUCAUCCUCGAAAUCCUCAAAAAGGGCGAAAUGCAAGUUGGAGAGAAGGAGCGCAGCGCGCAGCUGGAGCGCGUCCACAACGAGGUCGUCUCCAUCGUCGCCAGUAAGCUGGUCGACCCCCGGACCAAGAAGGUCUACACCACUGGCAUGAUCGACAAGGCGCUGGACAUGUUGAGCUCGCAGGCGCAUCAGCUGCAGGCCCAGGAGAAGGAGAAGAAGGAGACAGCCACAAGCGGCGUGGCGUCGCCGGCGACGGGCGAGAGCGGCGAGGCGAAGCCCCAGCCUGCAAAGUCCCUACCGAUCUGGACCGGAGUUUCGACGAACAAGAGCGCAAAGUCGCAGGCGCUCGAGGCCAUGAAGGCGCUUGUUGCUCACCAGCCUAUACCCGUUGCCAGGGCGAGAAUGAGGUUGCGCAUUACCUGCACAACCAACGUGCUCAAGCAGGGCGUCAAGACUUACAAGGCGGAGGCCGACAAGGAUGGCGGGGAGGGAGAGAAGAAGGCGCCCUCAACCGUCAAGGACAAGAUUCUCAGCUUCGUUGAGCAGGUUGAGAGCCAGGAUGUCAUGGGCCAAGAGUGGGAGCUGGUGGGCUUCGUAGAGCCCGGCGCUUUCAAGAUCUUGGGUGACUUUAUCGGAAGCGAGACCAAGGGACAGGGAAGAGUCGAGGUCCUAGAUAUGGCCGUCACUCACGAGGAUUAA